AUGACGAACGAACCUGGUGGAAAAAAGAAAGAUAAAGCAGUACAGACAGAGAAAGAAGGUGAGCGGGAAGAUUUAACUGGACUGUUAAAAGAGUUCCCGAAUCUCCAUACUGGAAGAGGCUUAGUGCCAGAUCCCAUCGAGAGUAAUGUUGCAAAGGGAGAGUUAGAGCCUGUAGAAUGGACUGUGGUCAUACUUGGCUGCUUUGAAAAAGGGCCCCCUUGGAGUAGAACCCCAGAGCGGCCAGUGCUGGGUUUUCCAGAAGCUCCAGAUGUUGUUAACACUGCUUUUCAUUUGUACACUAGAGAAAAUCCAGAAUAUUUCCAGGAAAUAUCCGCUAUAACUCCAUCAACAAUAAGAGUUUCAAAUUUCAGAACAAACCGGAGAACACGUUUCAUUGUACAUGGCUUUAUUAAUAAUGAUUAUGAUCGGCUAAUACAGAUAUGCAGGCUCCUGCUUCAAAAGGAAGAUAUAAACUGUAUUAUUGUAAACUGGCAAGAUGGUGCUGCUCACCCCUAUAUGCAAGCUGUGCAAAACACCCGUGUUGUUGGAGCUGAGAUAGCUUAUUUGCUGGAGUAUCUUGAGAAAAGCUGUGGAUAUUUUCCUUCCAAUGUUCAUAUUAUUGGGCAUAGUCUUGGAGCGCAUGCUGGAGGGGAAGCUGGGAGAAGGAAACGGGGCCUCAGCAGAAUAACAGGUCUGGAUCCAGCUGGACCUUUAUUCCAUGACACGCCUGCUGAAGUCAGAUUAGACCCAUCAGAUGCACAGUUUGUUGAUGUCAUUCACACCAACAAAGGUCGUCUGUUCUUUGACUUUGCCAUUGGAAUUAAUCAGCCAUGUGGCCAUCUUGAUUUUUAUCCAAAUGGGGGAGAGAGAAUGCCAGGUUGCAAAAGGUCAGCUGGAUGCUCACAUAAUAGAGGCUUACAGUAUUAUGUCGAGAGUAUUUUUAUUCCUGAUGGAUUUCUUGGAUACCGGUGUGAUGCAUUUGACUCCUUUUUAUCAGUAAGUAUCACAUCCAGAUCCAGCUUGUAA